CGAGACGGAGCCGUUUGGGUAAAGCAACUCCCAUCCUCUCCCUCCCAACCCUAGCUUUCGCUUUCCCCGGCCGUCAGACCCAGAGAGAGAUAUAGAUGACCUGUGAAAGCAAGCAAUCUUCUUAUCUGAAGCGUUGAAAUCAAACAAAGCGCGACCGCGCGACUCAAUCAAUCCAAAUCAAAGCGAAGGAAUCCGUGGAGGGACCCAUUUGCCUUUGCGUAUCGUUUGAUCGACUCAUUAUUUAUUCGGAGCUUCUUCCUUCUACGGUUGCUUUUCAUAUCUGAGAGAGCGAGUUGGAGAGGAGGGAUUGAGAUUUCAGAGUGUUUGUUUGGUGGGUGGGUUUGGUGAUCUGAUUCGAUUUCGUUUCUUGUUGGCUAUGGCUAUUGCUGGUGCUGGGUUGGUGGGUUGUGGGUCCUCGUCGUGGAUUCAAAGCGGUUGCGUCGGGAAGACAAAGAGGAGGGUCUGUCGUUCUUCCUCUGUUGUGUCGGCAAGCUUGACGGAGCAGUACAGAACUCUCAGAAUCCAGCCUGGGGCUUCUGAGUUGGAGGUCAAGAAAGCUUUCAGAAAGCUUGCUUUGCAGUAUCAUCCAGACGUGUGCAAAGGAAGCAACUGUGGGGUCCAGUUUCACCGGAUUAACGAAGCCUAUGAUAUUGUGAUGAGCAAUUUGAGGGGAGAAGCUGAUUCGGCGGACGGCUAUGUGUCAUCAUACGAAUAUGACAACGUGGAGGAGCCGAUGAGGGGAAUGUGCGAUUCUGAUUGGGACCAGUGGGAGGAGUGGAUGGGAUGGGAGGGUGCAGGGAUUCGUGACUACUCCUCCCACAUCAAUCCCUACAUCUAGCUGACCCCACCCAUAUUGACAACAUCUGGAGCGUCCAUUCGACAUAUCAAGGCGAAUUGGAGACGUUUACAAUUUGUACAUAAUGUAUUUCUCAAACAAGGAAAUUAUUCUCCUUUGUAAAAUGUAAAUAGUUCAGAUGGAAGCUGUGUUUUCUGAAUUUCCUAAGAGAAGCCCACCAGCGCCAGGAGGCUUUGCUUGUAAAAAUCAUACCAAUAAUAAAAUUUCAUUGGAGAGUAACAACUCUUCUGUGGCCCA